GCGAAGUGUGCGAUAAGGUGAAAUGGCCAUUUAUUGCUGGGGCAACACUACGCACGGGGAACUCGGGUUGGGUGGCAUUGAAGAUGAACAGAUUUUAACACCGCGAAAAAUGACAUGGAGUCCACCAAACUCCUGUGUAGUACAAGUAAGCUGCGGCCGUUGGCAUACAUUGUUUUUAACUUCCAGUGGAAAAGUGUAUUCCUGUGGAAGCAACGAUAACGGCCAGUUGGGACAUGAACUGCCAACGAAAAGGCCACAACUGAUUGAAGAAUUGGAAAACUAUAAUAUAACUCGUUUAAGCUGUGGUGCUCGACAUUCAUUGGCAUUAAAUGAAUGGGGUCAAAUUUUCAGUUGGGGUCAUAAUGAUUAUGGUCAGCUGGGUUUAGCCAAUGGUCUAGAUGUGGUAACACAGCCAAAAAUUGUGCGUAAUCUAGUAUCGAAAACCGUUAUACAAAUAGCAUGCGGAAAUAAUCACAGUUUGGCGUUGACAAAUUGCGGAGAAUUAUAUGCAUGGGGUUCAAAUAUCUAUGGCCAAUUGGGUGUAGGUUCUCCCAGUGAUGUUGUACACUCGAAUACACCACGUCUGGUGUCCGCUCUCAAUGGCAUACCAAUUGCAUUUAUAGCAUGCGGUGGCAAUCAUGCAUUUGUAAUAUCAAAAUCUGGUGCUGUGUUCGGUUGGGGCCGAAACGAUUGUGGGCAAUUGGGGCUAAAUGAUUAUGUCAACAGAUGUUAUCCCACGCAGUUGAAGACAUUGCGUAGCUUGGGCGUUCGCUAUAUAACAUGUGGCGAUGAGUUUUCUGUAUUCCUAACCAACGAUGGAGGUGUUUUUACUUGCGGAUCUGGAAGAUAUGGUCAAUUGGGACAUGGUGGUAAUUCCAAUGAGGUUUUGCCCCGCAUGGUUGUGGAACUUAUGGGCAGUACAGUGACACAAAUUGCUUGUGGUACUAGACACACGUUGGCAUUGGUGCCGUCACGUGGACGUGUAUAUGGUUUUGGUUUAGGUUGUGCUGGUCAGUUGGGCAUUCGGGUAAAUAACAGCUCUCCAACGCCACAAGUGGUUCUGGGACCAUGGGUCUCGCCUAGUGGUCAAUCUUUAAUACAAACUGAUAUGGAGGAAAACAAUGACAAUAAUUGCUAUUUAAUAAAACAGAUAUUCUCUGGUGGUGAUCAUUCGCUAGUCACUUGUACAUUUUACGAAGAUAAAAUUCCAGCCGUAGAUUGUCGUCUAUACGAUGAAAAGACUCAGGUUCUUACAUUAACUGAAGAAACUGCUAAGAAAUGUGCAGAUAUUGAACGUGAUAGUAUCAUGGACAUGGAUUUGCUGACAUUUGUUGAGGUUAUAUUUAAAAGCCAAGCCUGUUUAAAUGGUUCGUUUUUACUUGAGGAUGAUCAACAUUUCUGUUGCACAUCUAAACAUCAUGGUGUAAACAUAAAAACAGCCGUCAGUGCAUUUAAUUAUUUACGAAAAAUCGAACAUGAAACCCUUAAGACAUUGAUUUGGGAAAAGAUAACAAACGAUUUAUUAAGUUCUUUGGUAUCAUCACCUGCCGAUGUAGAAACAUUACGAAUUUUCCUAAUAUUACCACUCUAUCAUGAAUUUGUAAAUGCCAAAAACUAUGAAAAACUACAUACACCGUUCAGCAAUGCUGUGAUUAAACUAAACGAGAUUCCACGGAAAAUUGUGGCGAAAUGGUGGUCACAAACCCCUGUAGACUGGUUUGAGCAUUUGGUUUCAAGCUACAAAGAUGUUAUAGCAUACAUUAUUAGUUUUAAAAUACCUCCAAAUAUGGGUAGUGGAUCUGAGAAGAGGCUUGUAACGUAUAACAGUAAUUUAAUUGCUGCCUUAAACAUUAUUGUUUUCCUUCAUGGUAUAAAUAACAAGGAACGCAAAGAAAAAUUAAAUUACGAAGCUUUUCAUUGGCCAGAACUAUCCGAUUUUGUUGAUGUCCAGCAAAAUUAUAUUCAUUGGUUGUUUGAUAAAACCCCUGAUGCAUUUAACAUUUGUAAUUAUCCAAUGUUAUUUAAUGCAGCUGCCAAGACUACAUUACUACAAACGGAUCAAGCCAUACAAAUGCAUCAUGCAAUGAAUACUGCUACUUCAAAUAGCAUAUUAAGUUUACUAACGGGUCAACCCAUUCAACAAUUUAUUGUUUUAAAUGUCUCAAGAGAAAAUCUUGUACAAGACACAUUGCGUGAAAUUAUGCAUUAUAACGAAAUUGAUUUAAAGAAACCUCUUAAGGUUAAAUUUUGCGGCGAAGAAGCAGAAGACGCUGGUGGUGUGCGCAAAGAAUUUUUCAUGUUACUACUAAAAGAUCUCAUCGAUCCCAAAUAUGGCAUGUUCAAAGAGUACGAAGACUCCAGAUCUGUAUGGUUUGCAGAUGUAACAUUUGAAACAGACGAUAUGUACUUUUUGAUUGGCAUAAUUUGUGGUUUGGCUAUUUAUAAUUUCACCAUUAUUAAUUUACCAUUUCCAUUGGCUCUGUAUAAGAAACUUUUGGAUGAAAAAGUCGACUUGAGUGACCUGCGUGAAUUGUCACCAACUUUGGCUAAUUCUAUGCAGCAAAUACUCGACUACGAUGGUGAUGAUUUUGAAGAAACAUUUGAUCUACAUUUCGAAAUAUCAAGAGAUAUUUUUGGAGAGAGCACCACCGAACCCCUUAAGCCGAAUGGUUCAGAAAUAAGUGUAACUAAAGAGAACAGACAAGAGUUUGUUGAUUUGUAUGUGGAUUUCAUAUUCAAUAAGGCUGUGUGUGACAAAUUUAAAGCAUUUCAAAAAGGUUUUAUGAAGGUUUGUUGGGGACGUGUCUUAAAGAUUUUCCGUCCUGAAGAGCUAAUGGCCAUGGUUGUAGGCAAUGAAGAAUAUGAUUGGAAAGCUUUGGAGUUGAAUUGUGAAUAUAAAAACGGUUACUCUGUUAGCGAUGAUACGAUUAAAUGGUUUUGGGAAAUUUUCCACGAAAUGCCACUUGCCGAUAAAAAGAAAUUUCUUUUGUAUUUAACAGGCAGUGAUCGCAUUCCAAUACAAGGAAUGAAAGCAAUUAAGAUCAUAAUACAGCCCACAAAUGAUGACAAAUUUUUACCCGUGGCUCACACCUGCUUCAAUCUCCUUGACCUGCCUAGAUAUAAAACAAAGGAACGACUAAAAUACAAGUUAAUGCAAGCCAUACAACAAACUCAGGGUUUCAGUCUUGUAUAA